GCGCGGGGCCCUUUUCGGGGCAGUAAGAUCGCGCCGAGCCGAGCGCGCGCAGCCGGACUAUUACCGCCCCGCGAGCCCCGGCCCCAGCAACGCCGCCGCCGCCAACCGCCGCCGAGUGCCCGAGCGAGCAGCGGCAUGAGCGAGGCGGGCCAGGCCCCCGGCUCCACCAGCGCCGCCGCGCCCCCGCCGGCGCCCCCGGCCCCUGCUGGCCCGGGCGCGGCGCCUCCGACCCCUGCUGGCCCCGGCGCGGCCGCGGGGAGCACGGGAGGGGACGCGGCGUCCGCAGCCCCCAGCCCCGCCGCCUCCGCCUCGGCGGCUCCGGCCGGCGGCGAAGACGCGGAGAAGAAAGUUCUCGCCACCAAAGUCCUUGGCACCGUUAAAUGGUUCAACGUCAGAAAUGGAUAUGGGUUUAUAAAUCGAAAUGACACCAAAGAAGAUGUAUUUGUCCAUCAGACUGCCAUCAAGAAGAAUAACCCCCGCAAGUAUCUGCGGAGCGUGGGAGAUGGAGAAACUGUGGAGUUUGAUGUGGUUGAAGGAGAAAAGGGUGCUGAAGCAGCCAACGUGACGGGCCCCGACGGAGUCCCUGUGGAAGGGAGUCGCUAUGCCGCCGAUCGCCGCCGAUACCGCCGCGGCUACUACGGCCGGCGCCGGGGACCGCCCCGCAGCUACGCUGGGGAGGAGGAGGAGGCAGGGAGCGGCAGCAGUGAAGGAUUCGAGCCCCGCACGGCUGACGGGCAGUUCUCGGGGGCCCCGGGCCAGCUGCGCCAACCCCAGUUUUACCCUCGGUACCGGCAGCGGCGCUUCCCGCCCUACCACGUGGGACAGAGCUUUGACCGCCGCCCCCGGGCCUUUCCCCAGCCCAGCAGAAUGCAGGUAAAUUGCACCUGGGACUGAGCGUCCUCACCUCAUCCUUCUCUGCCUCCUCCACUUCUCCUGCACCUCCUCCUCCAGCUCCAGCUGCCAGGUCAGACCUAGCCUGUGGCUCUGCACAGCUUGGGAGCCAGGAGAAGGCCGCCCUGCGGGUGGGGUGUGACAGGCACGUGGCCUGUGCCAGAGCUCAGAUGGAGAGUCCCAAGGCUGGGUUGCAGGCCUGUCUGCUACUUCCCAUCCAUGAGGUUCCCGGAGAUUAAUUUGUGCGUUUUACAAUGGGGGCAUUAAAGCCUGUACCAAAGGGUUCGCCUGUUAAGUUAAACCCAAAUGACUGCAGUAUGCAAAACAGUUACAAAGACUGCAUUUCGAGAGAUGGUGCUGAUUUUUUAAAGAAAACUACCAUAAAAAUGAACAUUGUUGGCUAUUUAUUUUCCCUUUUCUAACUGCAAAAUAUUAGAGCUGUUGUAAAAUUUGUUAUUAUCAGUAAGCCUCAUACUGACUUUGCAGUUGGAAAAGGAGGAAUAGAUUCUCAUUUUUUUGUUUUUAGUUUUUAUCACUAGCUGCAGCUUUUGCUUCUUUCAUGCCCUUGUGUCCCCCUGAAGUGUUUUGACGGAAUAUCAUGUUCAGUCCGUGCUUUGCUACACUUCUCCUCUCCCAUCCCUGUGAAUGUUCUUUCUCUUGCUUCUUGCUUUUUCCCUUCUUUAACAGCUGCCCCUGACAAGUGUGCUAUAAAUAAUGGCCAGGCUCACAUAUGUGGAGACACUGGGUACAGGAGACUGGGCUUCUCUGGGCCCGCACUCGGGGCGUCUAGGAAACAGGAACAGGAAGUGUCCGUGAGAUUGCAAUACAGGGCUAUUUCUGGUGCCUUCAUAGUGCUUUCCUGAGAUAAGCAGGCUUAUUUAGUGUAUGUACUGUUACAUAUUCUGAAAGCAUGAUGAUGCUUUUCCAUAUCUUCUAGAAGUGUUUCCCCUUAGGACCUGAAGAUGCAGGGCCUUGUGGGAUGCCAUUCUCAGAAGCCAGGUUAAAGCUCCCUUGCACACGGUCCCCAUCCUCACCCUGACUGCAUGCAUUUGUCUUUGAGGCAGGCUGACCAUUCCCCCGUCAAGUUGGAAGGAACAGCACUCUUAGGUCUUAAAGUUUCCCUUAGAAGCUUCCUACUCCCUGCUGUCACGUGUGAGUGUUGUGUGACUUAGCAGUCUCCAUAAGCCAAAUAACAGCCAAAAAAUGAAAAAAUCGAAAAGCCCUGUGCCUGUAAUUAGGCUGCUUUAAGGUGGUCGGUACAGGGGCCUAAGAACUUCUUAAUUUCCCAGUGGACAGAUGGUCGAGGGUAGGAUUUGAGUAGCAGUAGUGAAGAUGAGUGGUCAAGUUUGGGAAAUACUUAAACAGAAAAGUCACAAUGUUUGAUUGUGCAAAUAUGUAGUAUGAGGAGUAAACUAUUUCUCUGUGGAUUUUUUAUGUAAAAAAUUAAAGGAAAGCCAGAUGUGAUUCCUGUAAUCCCAGCACUUGGGAGGCUGAGACAGGAGGAUCUCUGCAUUUGAGGCCAGUCUGGGCUACGUAGUGAGACCCUGCUUCAUACAGAGAGAGAUUGAAGAAAGAUUUGAGUUGGGGGAGGAUAUUGAAAAAAGUUUGGAGGUCUUUUCCCCAGUUUACCUUCAGUAGGGAUGUCAAGUUGGCAGAAGAAUAAAACAGUCCAAGGUAUAGGAGCUGGAGGAAGGCAUGGUGGUAUCUGAGAAGAGGGCUAAGUGAAUGAAGCUGGGGAACAAGUCUUAGGGGCACCAAGAAGGGUAGGGUAGUUCUGUGAGUGGCAAUGGGGUGGCAAGGGCUGAUGAGGGGGCCCCCGGGGACACGCAGGACCAUGGGUGUAACUUUGGAGUUGGAAAGCAUGAUGCCUAAAGCCGUAGGGCGACAUGAAUUUAAUACAAAUGGAAAUGGAAAAUGAUCGUGGAAUUGGGUUCUGGGACAUGACUGAUAAGGACUAGGGAGGUAAGGAUUGUGCAGCGGACAGUGGUGAGGAGCACUCGGGAGGGUGUAUUUCAGUAAGGGAGUAUUAAAUAAGCACUGUCCGGUGAGGAGAAGAAAUGAUCAUUAUUGGGUUCGUAACUUGGCGGUCAGUGGUGUGGUGAGGACAGAAGUUUGCUUGGAAUGAGUGAGUGGGAAGAGCAAGGAAGUGUGCCUCAUGCUGCAGUGCUGAGGAGCUGCUGCUUCCAUGGGGAUUCUUUGAAGGGGCCGAGAGGUGAGGUCCGCACUGCCGGAGAUGUGAGAUCAGGCCAGGUUCUGGUUUGAUUUGAUUUGCUUUGUACAGUGGUGAGUUUCCCUGACUCUUCAGCCCAGAUCUCACCAAAAGCUACUUCUAAAGAAGGCAUGGUAGGUCGGGGGGGGGCAUAUCCGUUUGCCAUCCUCCUGUUCACAGGCCAGACCACAUGUGUCCACAUCACACAGGCGUAUGCAUGUGCUCGAGUCUUAGUUCUGAUGACUGAGAGGGCCCAAAAGCAAGAGGCUUGGACAGUGAUGUGCAUACCUGCCGUCCAGUGCUUUGUUCAUAGGAAUCAUUCUCCAUAGAGAUUUAAGGGCUGGGGCAGAGUAAACACAAUGUAAGCCUGGAACAUCUUGUGCCAGAAAGCAAGGAAGUUACUCAGAGAAUGUUGGGGUCAUGUCAGAGGACAGGAGGCAGCAGGAGGGGGUUCCCAUUGGCCAGUAAUGAUAGUGACAGACCAACCCAUUGAAGAAAAGAGAAAGCAUGAGACAUUCGGGUACAAAUAAAUAAAUGGACAUAACGAGAAAUUUGAUGAGUAACAGGAUGUUCGCAGACUUCGAAGGUACGUGCUUCCCUACAAAGUCCUAACUAAUUACAGAGAGGGAAAGAGUAAACUUGUAGUGGAGAAACUGGGUAAACUGCUUCACGGCUUAGCAAAGGGGAGCAGCAUUGAGUCCUGGUAGGGAUUGAGGCCGUGUGCCCCCAGCAGGAUGCCCCGGGGAGUGCAGUGUAACUUCCGUGAUUUCCCCUGUCAAAAGUGAGAAAACUAAGUCUUAAUUGGGGACUACCAAACAUCCUGGAUGGUGGUGUAUUUUACUGAGUAACUGGCCUGUAAUUUUUCCACAGUGUCAUGGUCGUGUGUGCCAAGUAAAGGUUGUUGAAAUCUUCCAGACAAAAAAUUGGAAUACAGGCUACACAUGAUUCAGAACGGGCCUUCUGGUUGUGAGAGUUACUAUCUGGGUGGACCUAGGAUGGGGUCUGAGGGUUGGAUCCUACACAUCCCUGUACUUCUACUUGUCUUACUAAGUUUGUAUGUGUUUUGAAAGUUAAAAAGUGGAAAAGAUGGUGCUCUUCCAGCCUGAGUGCUGGGAUUAUAGGUGUGCACCACCACACCCAACUCUUCUUAAACAUUAUACUUAACCCAAACAUGAAAAAAACCAAAAGGAAGAAAGCAGAGGCAAAAACACGUGUUUUGUGUUUCUCUUUCUUUUUCUUUCCUUGCUGGAUUUUGAACCCAGGGCCUUGCACACACUAAGCAGGCAUUCUUAACACUGAGCUCUACCCCAGCCCACAGUUAAGGUUCGGAUGAACCUCUGUAGAAAUCCUUAAUGGGAUUGAGAAGAGAUUAGUUUGUAGAAUUAUGAGCCUGAUAUUGAAACAAUUCUGAAAAAUCUCAUUUUCCGAUACAGUAUACUAUUACAUUCCUUGUUAAUUGAACACAUUAGAUUUUAAAAUGUUGCUGGGUAUAGUGGUGCACACCUGUAAUCCUAGCACUUGGGAGGCUGAGGCAGGAGGAUAGCCAUGAGUUUGAGGCC